AUGUGGGCAGCGAUACUUAGCCGACCACCCACCCAGCGAGACAGAGUUGCUGGCCCAACAUACAAGAUUCUCAAGAGGAAGAGUCUGGCUAGCCAGGGACCUUCCGAACACUCGACUGACUUCGAAUCGACAAAUUUGACCCCACUGCCAGUUGGCGACGCGUUUCGAACAACCUCACAUCUUCAAGUUCCAAACCACACCCAACCUCAAUCGUCGCACGUAUCAGCGACUGAAAUAUCCGCACCAGGGACCUCAAAGGUGCAUUCGGUGCCGGCCCAAGCUAGAGAAACCAUGUCGCAAAUCAACAAUACCAUCAGCCCAUACAAAACUAUCGGACCUGGUGUCGUUGACUCUUUGGAGCGAAACCCUGACUUGCCAUCCAAAAGCAAUGCAGACGGUUCUCCCAAGUCAGUUUCCAUCACACCAAAGUCCAUUACCUACACAACGGUCGGUUCCCUCGUCGAUCCAAGUGUGAAGCAUAAUUUCUCUGCUCCCAAUCGUCUUCAGCGUGAAGGCUCCGGUCGACAACCUUUGAUGUCGAUGGGCCAGAGAGGACAAUACGAGUACCAUCAACCACCUCAAAGCACACUGCCGCCGCUACUGAGAGCAAAUGCCCUGGCCUACGCUAAACACAUUGCCAAUAGUCCCUACAAUAAGCCAAAGCUCAAUCAAGGGGCAUACCGAACACCAAAUCCCAUCUCAACCACCACCCCACAAGAGAGAAUGGGACUGACAGACCAAGAAAUGGAUGAGUUCAGGGAGCUCCAGCGGCUAAGGGAGGUCUCUGGCAAUAUGGCCUCGACUUCAUACACGCCUACACCUUCCUCCUCCAGUAGGCUUUCAGUAAAUGCCCCAACCUUCGGUAUGAGACUGCAUAUGGGAGUAGGCGAUGACCAAGCCAGAAUUUCGAUGGGAUCUGUGCCCGAAGAAGAUAAUAUCAUAAUCCAACAGCAGGUUUUGGCGACAGAUAACGCGUAUACGAGACUCCAUUCUGCUCGAAAUACCCCUCGGAUACCCUCCCCUGAGCAACUUCCCGAAUACACCGUUUCCUCUCCCCCGAGCAGAAGCCAAAAUCAACCUGGAGGUGAAAUGAAUCAAGGAUACCGAUUCCCCCGUCCUAGCAUCCGAUCGCGUCCCACAACACAUCCCAACCCUCUCCUCGCUGCCUCCGCAUCUCAGUCAAAUGCAGAUCACAGUCGCCCACCUAGAUACCCGCGCCCUUUAACGGCAGGACCUCCUGGCCAGCGACAAUACCCAGCAGCCAUCACCAGACCGGCUGUAGCCGGCAUGGACCAUGUCUCAGUAAAUACUCUGCUGUCCUCAAGCCAUAUGCCUCCUAGAAGCCACUACAAUAUCAACCUACAACGUGGCAGUCACAAUAUCUCUUCGCGAGAGGCAAAUUACUCUAAGGUACCGGCCGUCAAUAUCUAUGGCACUAGAGUCCAGCCUCCAAUAGGUCAUGCAGCGCGACACAACCCGGGCUCCAAAUGUGUCUAUUCUCGUGGCCCUCCAACAACUAUUGAUACACUUCCUCCUCACUCAGUUGCACAGUAUUAUCCAUAUGGAAUGCCCAGCGACAUGGCCGGUGUAUUCACCCCGCUUUCUGAAUCGAAGCAAAAGGAGAUUGAUGACCUAACUCUCUCUGCCGAGGAAAAGAAUAUCCAAAGAAAGAAGCAAUUAGAUGACAUGUUCUACAGCGGCCAAAGACAAUUUGCAACCAUGGAAGUUAAACAUUACUUCAACGAACUGGCUAAGCGUCCGAACCUUGAGAAUAAAUUUGGCCCAAUUGCCCCCCCAAAGAGUGGUUUCCAUCCUGGUCUAGUUGCCAAGAAGCCCAUUACAGAAGAGGAGAUGGGGAAUAUGACCGUUGCUGAAGCCGCAAAACCUUUCAUUGAGGCUGCAUUCGGUACCUUGCUUUCAUAUGCUGAAGAGGGACCGGCUUCUAGAAAGGUCCUCAGCGGCUUUGCCCCAGCUCCACAUUGGCAGAUUGACGACAGCAAUGCAGGAAUUCAAAGUUACUUUGGGGGGGAUUGGGGUCUUCUACCACCAAGAUUUGAUAGAGACCAUUACCGUCAUGCGGACUUUUAA